AUGGACGUCCCAGUAGGGGGCGAAAAGCCCCCUGACUGGAAUGAAAUGAUACUUAGUCAAACGGAUCAAGUAGUAGAAAUAAUGGAAACUUCAGCAAAUAUUAAACCUCAUACUGAAAAAAGGAAAAAAUAUAAUUAUUCGUACACAGAUGCAAGUCCUUAUGAAGUUCAUGUUCAGCACAAAAACGGGCAUAACAUAGGUAACUACAACCACUUAGCUAUAGCGAAAGAGCUCUUUAAUCUUAAUUUAGAAGGUAUAAGUAAAAUAAACAAAAAGGGGAAAAACAGAAUCAGUGUAGAAUUUAAGAACUUUAACAUAGCAAACAAUUUUCUAAACAACGAGAUAUUAAUUAGCAAAGGGUACGAACUAUUUAUUCCAAUCAAUAACGUAGCAUGCAGGGGUGUAGUCAGAUUUGUAGACAAAAGCAUCACAGACGAGGAAUUAAAGGUCUAUAGUAGGUGCAAAAAUCCAAAUAUAAAAAUACUAAACGCGAAGAGACUUAACAGAAAAGUAACGGAGAACAAUGCGACAAAGUUUAUUCCCACGGGAACUGUUUGCUUUACUUUUUCGGGGAAGAACCUACCUAAGGAGGUAGCAGUGUAUAAUUUAAAUAUGAAAAUUGAACCUUAUAUAAGUCCUGUAAUCCAAUGUUAUAACUGUUUAAGGUAUGGUCACACUAAAAUGCAGUGUAAAGGAAAAAGCAGAUGCAUCAGAUGUGGAAGAAGUCACGAGGAGGAGGGAAAUUGCCCGUUCCCUAUCAAAUGCGUUCAUUGUAAGAGUGCAGAACAUUUGGCUACUGACAGAAUGUGCCCGGAAUUCUCUAGGCAAAAACAAAAAGAAACAAUGGCUCUGGAAAACUUAUCAUAUUACGACGCCCAAUUGAAUUUCUCAAAACCCAACGAGAACAGCCAACCUCCCUACUCGUAUUUACUGACAGAAUUUCCUCCCCUGCCAACCCCUUCCAGGGUGGAUACCCCAAUAAGAAAUAAACCAAGCCAUGGGAACAUACAAAGAAGUUUCAUCUCUCCCGUUCCAUACUUUGAAAACAAAAGCAGGUCUGAACAGCACAAGAAGAGGAAAAUACAGCCAAUGGCAUAUGACAAGGAUUUGCAUAACGAUUGCCUUAAUUCUCCGAAUGGGAGAAGCACGAGCACAUACUUCAUUCUAGAUACACCAUCCACCUCCAGAAAUACAGAGACAGAAAUCAUCAAUGAUGCAGCAGAAAUCAGUAUCCCAAGGUCAAAGGACAAUCAAAAGUCAAAUCGCCCGCCAGCUCCAUGGUGGGAUGACGAAUGUGCGCGGGCCCUGGAAGACAGGAAAAGAAGCCUUUCCAUUUAUCGAAUAGACCCAAGUCUAGAAAAUUACCUACUGGUAAAAAAUCUAUCGCGCUCUCCAGAAGAACAUUCAAAGGAAAAAAAAAGAGAUAGUUUCAGGAAGUUCUGCUCUGAACUAAAUAGGAACACGCCAUUGAAAAAAAUUUGGCAAACAGUAAGGAAAUUUUCCAAAAUACAAUCCCCACAAAUUCAAAACAAGCUACCAGAACGAAACAUAGCCAUUCAAAUACUAGAAUCAAUGAGUGCAGUCCAUAUAAUUCCUGACUUUAGAUUCAGACAAGGAACCAACGAACCUCCGUUUCUAUAUGUAGAACUAAUGGCAGCCAUGAGAAGAAAAAAAAGUUCAGCUCCAGGCAUCGAUCAAAUAACAUACACGAUGAUAAACAACUUACCAAUUGUAGCUAAUAGAUUCCUAUUAAAUCUGUACAAUGAAGUUUUGUUCGGGACAAACCAACCCGAGCAAUGGAAAGGGAUCUUAGUAAACCCCCUGUCAAAGGUCGGGAAAGACGCGAACCAGCCAGAAAAUUACCGUCCCAUAGUUUUGAGCUCUUGCAUAGGCAAGAUUUUAGAGAGCAUGAUCAAAAAUAGGCUUGAAUGGUACAUUGAAAACAAAGCAUUACUCCCACCAUCGCAGUUCGGGUUCAGAAGACGAAAAGGAUGCAUAGAGUGUGUUGCAUAUUUAACUUCAUAUGCACAAAUAGGCUUCAGCAGAAACGAGGUUACACUAGCUGUAUUUCUGGACAUCCACGCUGCCUAUGAUAAUGUAAACAUAUAUAAAUUGUAUGAGAGACUCCUAGACUUGGGCGUUUCUCAUCAACUCACAAACUUGGUAUUUCAGUUUCUGCAUAACAAACAAAUACAUCUCAAAGACAGUGAAGGGCAGAUACUCGGUCCGAGAUUAAACAAUAAAGGGUUAUGCCAAGGAUCCCCGUUAAGCCCAAUACUCUUUAACAUAUACACGUCUGAUUUGGCAAAUUCCAUCCCUGAACAGUUUCGACUGGUGCAGUAUGCCGACGAUAUAGUAAUAAUGACUAAAGGUACCUCCGAGACAAUUCUAACAAAGGAAAUGAAUCUUGUUUUAGAGAAUGUAAACGAAUGGUUAGGGAGACACGACUUGACGUUGUCCACCACCAAAUCUUCGGCAAUCAUGAUCAGGAAAAAAAAUCCAGGCACCCUUACCCAUCAAUAUCCAUCAACAACCAUCUGAUCCCCUGGAAGAACUCGGUAAAAUAUCUAGGAAUCAAAAUAACACAGUCCCUAAAUUGAAACGAGCAAGUAGAACAUGUCAAAACAAAAGCCCUAAAAGGAAUCAACAUAAUGAAAUCACUUUGUGGUACAUGGUGGGGAGCAGAUCCAUCGACAUUGCUACUCAUGUAUAAAGGAAUUGUACGUUCACAUCUCGAUUAUGGUUCACAGCUGAUGAAACCCUGCCCGAAACAAGUCCUUGCCAAAUUGGACAAAAUGCAAUACCAAGCACUAAGAAUCGUGACAGGAUGCAUGAGGUCCACCCCAACUAACGUACUAUUAGCAGAGUGUGCUGAAAUGGCACUGGAGUACAGGAGGAAGUGGUUAGCAAGUAAAUUUGUACUAAAAAUAAUCGCAGAACAAGAACACCCAAUCUCAGAACUAUUACUAGAACUGGACAGCUACUGUCAAUCCAAACGAGGUUACUGGACACGGAGGGAGGUGCCAUACAUUAUUGAAGCGCUAGAAGAAGUAGAUCAACAUGCGAACAACAUACAUGCGGAAAAAAUCCUACCAUGUUUCGAAAUAGAACACGUACAUCAGAUAACUCCAAUUGAAGUUGCUAACAUUAACAACGACAGAGCGCAAAUAAACAGCAACAAAGAAUUUCUAAGUAUAUUUGGACCAAAGUUUGAACAGCAUACCUGGAUCUUCACCGAUGGUUCUCUCGACAAAAAUCAAGGAAACGUGGGACUAGGAGUGUUCAUCCCAAGCAUCAACCACAAAUUUUCAGCAAGACUUCCUCAACUCACACAAAUAUGCACUGCAGAAGUUAUAGCGAUAAACAAAGCCAUUACCAUAUGCCUAGAGAGGAACCUGGACAAGUCAGUAAUAUUCUCGGACUCAAAGUCAGCUCUACAAAAAAUCUCGAGCACGGAAAUCAACAAAGAUAGGGACCACAUUUCUCUGAAAACAAAAAGAAUGUUGUUAGAAGCAGAGGCAAACGGCUGCGAAAUCAAAUUGGCAUGGAUUCCGGGUCACUCCAACAUCCAUGGGAACCUAGUGGCAGACACACUGGCAAACAUUGGAAGAAAUUCUGAAAAUCAAGUAGAAGUAGAACUAGACAAAAAUGAUGUCCUACCAACAAUUAAGCAGCAAAUACAGGCUAAAUGGAAACAAGAAUGGAAAUUGAGUACAAAUUCACGAGGUUUCAGCUAUGCACAGAUAAUAAAGGAGUUCCCAAGUUCCCCAUGGUUCACCUUGUUUCCAUAUAAGGACAGAAGGCAUCUAACAACGAUAAUUAGAAUGAGAACAGGUCAUUGUUUAACCAACAAGCAUCUGCACAGAAUAGGAAUUCUGACUCACCCGUAUUGUGAAUGUGGACAGGUGGGUGACUUAAAUCACAUCAUAUUGGAAUGUCCACUAAAUAA